AUGGACGAAGCCAUCUGGAAAACCACAUGGGGAUGGCGCGCAUUCGUGAUCAUGGACGUUAUCGGGAGGCUCAAGGGCUUGCAGGGCGGGCUGACAAUCCGCAAGAUCAUGCUGGGGUUCUAUGAAGCCAAAAACGUCCGUGAGAUCAGGCAGAAUGCGAGGGAGCGUUAUUACAGGCACUACGCAGAGGUAAGGGCUGCAGUGCCUGAAGGAUGCCUGUUGGAAUAUAAGGUAGAGGAUGGCUGGGAAAAGAACAUGUGGCCCGCGUUGCAGCGCGGCAGAACAUGUUCUUGA